AUGGCGGGUGACUUUCGAGCUGAGGCCAAGGAACUUGACCAGUGGAUUGAGCAACUGUAUGAGUGUAAUCAGCUGACAGAAGCACAAGUUAAAUCCCUUUGUGAAAAAGCAAAGGAUAUACUCACAAAGGAGUCAAAUGUUCAAAAUGUACGAAGCCCGGUCACUGUAUGUGGUGAUGUACAUGGUCAGUUCCAUGAUAUGAUGGAAUUAUUUCGCAUUGGUGGAAAGUCUCCGAAUACCAAUUACUUAUUCAUGGGUGAUUAUGUUGAUCGUGGAUACUAUUCUGUUGAAACUGUCACUUUACUCGUGGCCAUGAAGGUUAGAUUCAAAGACCGAAUAACUAUUCUCCGGGGAAACCACGAAAGUCGUCAAAUCACACAAGUUUAUGGAUUUUAUGACGAAUGCCUUCGCAAAUAUGGUAAUGCUAAUGUUUGGAAAUACUUCACGGACUUGUUUGAUUACCUUCCACUAACUGCACUGGUUGACAAUUCAAUAUUUUGCUUACAUGGCGGGCUGUCACCCUCGAUAGAUACUCUCGAUCACAUUAGGGCUUUGGACAGGAUUCAAGAGGUCCCCCAUGAGGGUCCAAUGUGUGACUUAUUGUGGUCUGAUCCAGAUGACAGAGGUGGUUGGGGCAUCAGUCCACGUGGUGCUGGCUAUACAUUUGGACAGGAUAUUUCAGAAACGUUUAAUCACAGUAAUAACUUAACUUUAGUCAGUCGAGCACAUCAGUUAGUUAUGGAAGGCUUUAACUGGUGUCAUGAUCGAAAUGUUGUCACUAUAUUCAGUGCUCCCAAUUAUUGUUAUCGAUGUGGUAAUCAAGCAGCUUUAAUGGAACUGGAUGAUAAUCUGAAAUAUAACUUUUUGCAGUUCGAUCCCGCACCACGUAGAGGUGAACCACAUGUAUCGAGACGUACCCCGGACUACUUCUUAUGA